AUGUCCUCGUCCUCAACUCCUCCUUCUGUGAAUAACAACAACGAGCCAAGAACAAAUAAAAUUCCUUCCUCCUCUUCCUCCUCCUCCUCCUCCUCGUUAUUAGUAUUCGAUGUGGUGGAUGGAGAUGCUUUGAAGUCUGCGGUGACAGAGUUUGUCGGCGAGCUCACGAAAGAACCGUGCGUGGGUUUACGCCACGUCUCCGCGAACGUUCAGAAACGAGUCCCACAAAUUCUAGACAACGCAUCCAGCGUUCAACAAGUCGAGAAGGAAGUUAUAAACGCAUUUGAGUACGACGCCAAGUACGUGUUGGAAGAUGCAAAGAAUAUAGCGAAAACGGCGGACGAACGCGUGGAGAAGCUAAGCCAAGCGCUGGAAGAUUGCAUCAAGUCGCUCGAAUCAGAUUGA